AAUAAUUUAAUGUAUUACAUCAUAUCAAACUUUUCCAGUUGAGAAAAAAGUUUUUCAGUGUUCUUACUUUCUUUCUUUUUUCUUUCUUUUAUUCUUUUAAUGAAAAAAUGUAACUUUUGAAAUAAAAAAAGUUUCAUCAACUUGUUUCAGGUCAAACAUAAAUUUUAUGGGUAAAAAAUUUUUAAAUUUAAAAAACCCUUCUUUCUUUUUUCUUUAUUUAUUUCUUUUUCUGUCUUCCUUCCUUCCUUUCUUUCCCUCUUUCUGUGUGUGUGUGUGAGAGAGAGAGAGUGUGUGUGUGAGAGAGAGAGAGUGUGUGUGUGUGUGUGUAGAUUUAGGUUAUCACUAUAGACACUGCAGCCCCAGGGAGCAGAUUGUUGUUGUACUAAGCAGCGAAUUCCCUCCACACACUGCGCCUAAUCUAACCCUGUGUGUGUGUGUGUGUGUGUGUGUGUGUGUGUGUGUGUGUGUGUGUGUGCAGGAUGACAGGUCAGGCUGCACUAGAGCGCUCUGUGUCCUCUCACCGUCUCUCUGUGAGGAGCAGACUGGAGGGUGAAGCUGAACGAGCUGAAAGCGCCAUCAGCAGGCUGGAAACAUCUCACAACCUCAUUACACUCCUCUUAUUGAUCUGUUUCUUUCUUCUGAGUCUUUCUUUCACUCUUUUCAUUUUCCUGUUUCUUUCUUUCUUUCUUUUAUUAGCUGCAGCGUGUCACCGCUCUCGAGCUUCCAAGUGCAGAAAUGCUCGAGGCCUUCACACAGAGGAGACCACUAGCCAGGCACACACACACACACACACACACACACACACACACACACACACAUGUGAAAACUUGUGGACUUAUUAUACAUGCCUCUCUCUCUCUCUCUCUCUCUCUCUCUCUUCCAGGUUGGUGAAUCUGGUGCUGUCUCUGAGAGAAUGGGCUCAUAAGAGUCUGGUGGAGGCGGAGCAGCGGCCCGACUCGUUUCUUGAGCGAUUCCGUGGACCCCAGGCUGCAAAUGAUCAAUCAGCUGCCCCCGCAGACGCCCCCAAGAAAACCUUCAAGUACACACACACACACACACACACACACACACGGGAGAGGUGGGAAGGCUUUGUCGUGUCCCAGUCUGAUAAUAUUUAUUAUUAUUGGCUGUUCUUCAUCGCCUUGGCUUCACUCUAUAACUGGAUCAUGCUGGUUGCCAGAGCGUGUUUCGAUCAACUACAGGACGAGAACUUCUUCCUGUGGGUGGGGCUGGAUUACCUCUGCGAUGUCAUUUACAUACUGGACACCUGUAUACGAUUGAGGACAGGAUACCUCGAGCAAGGUCUGCUGGUGAAAGACUUGGCCAAGUUGAGAGACAACUACAUUCGCACUCUGCAGUUUAAACUGGACUUUCUGUCCAUCCUGCCCACAGAGCUGCUCUUCUUCGUCACGGGGUACGUACCCCAACUUCGCUUCAACCGCCUACUCCGCUUCUCACGCAUGUUCGAGUUCUUCGAUCGCACCGAGACGCGCACCAACUACCCUAACGCCUUCCGCAUUUGCAACCUCGUCCUCUACAUCCUGGUCAUCAUCCACUGGAACGCGUGCAUCUAUUACGCCAUUUCCAAGGCCCUGGGGCUCAGCUCGGAUACGUGGGUGUAUUCCGGACAGAACAAAACACUAUCGUUCUGCUAUGUGUACUGCUUCUACUGGUCCACACUAACACUAACAACCAUUGGGGAAAUGCCCCCUCCAGUGAAGGAUGAGGAGUAUGUCUUUGUAGUUUUUGAUUUCCUGGUAGGCGUGCUGAUCUUCGCCACCAUCGUCGGUAACGUGGGUUCUAUGAUCGCCAACAUGAAUGCUACGAGGGCUGAGUUCCAAACACGCAUCGAUGCCAUCAAGCACUACAUGCACUUCCGCAAGGUUAACCGCACCCUCGAGACGCGCGUCAUCAAGUGGUUCGACUACCUCUGGACCAACAAGAAAACCGUGGACGAACAGGAGGUGCUGAAGAACCUUCCGGAUAAGCUGAGGGCCGAAAUCGCUAUCAAUGUCCACCUGGACACGCUGAAGAAAGUCCGUAUUUUUCAGGACUGUGAAGCCGGACUACUGGUGGAGCUGGUUCUGAAACUGCGUCCUCAAGUGUACAGUCCCGGGGACUACAUCUGCAGGAAGGGUGAUAUCGGGAAGGAAAUGUACAUCAUCAAGGAGGGGCAGCUAGCUGUGGUGGCGGAUGACGGUGUCACACAAUUCGCUUUGCUAACCGCCGGGGGUUGUUUCGGCGAAAUUAGCAUCCUCAAUAUUCAAGGUAGCAAGAUGGGCAACCGGCGCACGGCUAACAUACGUAGCAUCGGCUACUCGGACCUCUUCUGCCUCUCAAAAGACGACCUAAUGGAGGCUGUGGCAGAAUAUCCAGACGCUCAGAAGGUUCUGGAAGAGCGUGGAAGGGAAAUCCUGAGAAAGCAGGGCCUCCUGGAUGAGAGCGUAGCAGCUGGAGGGCUAGGUGUCAUAGACACAGAAGAGAGAGUGGAGCGCUUGGAUGCAUCUCUGGAUAUCCUGCAGACACGCUUCGCCCGCUUGUUAGGGGAAUUCACGAGCACACAGCGUCGUCUCAAACAACGAAUCACAGCACUUGAGAGGCAACUGUGUCACACGGGACUCGGGCUGCUGUCGGACAAUGAGGCGGAAGGAGAACACGCUGGUGUUCCUACACAUACACAUGCAGACAUACACACGCAACCCGAAACACACACACGGACUUCAGCUGAAACGAACUCUGAAGAGGAGAAGUAAAAGUGCUUUCAUACAUAUAGUAAUGAAGCUCAAUAUUUUUUUCUUUUUACCCUUUGUUUGUUCUGUAUGUUUGUAUGUGUGUGUUUGUACAUAUGUGUGUCUGACUAACAUUCUUUUUUUUCUUCUUUUUUUUUAAAACCAAAUGUGUGUAGUAGCUGAAAUACUGGGCUAUGUUGAAGCAUACAUGCUCUUUGCCCAUGUAACAAGUGAAUGACUGACACUAUAUUGGAAGUGUUCUGAAAUUAACUAGUCAGGUUUGUGCCUCAUGUCUCAAACCAUUUAUUAAGUAAGCAAGCAAGGUGUAUAUAUUCAUAAUAAAGUACGCAUGAAUUAUAAACCACCUGAAUCUGAUUUCUUAAGAGAAUUUGAAUGGAAUUUCAAGGGUUUUAGCUAAUGUGUUUUUGUUAUGCAGUAUGAAACUAUUGAUCUAAUGGUUUAAUGUUGUUAAAGCUGUGCUAACAGCUAUGUGGUAAAGGUAGCAACACUAACAAGUCUAAAGCUAUAUUCAUGGUUGAUAUCACAUCUUCUGCUAAUUAUUUAAAAAAAAAAAAAAAAAAACAAGAAAUUGCUAUAGGAGAAACUAGCAGUUCUCCUAAAAUAUAACAUUUUUCUUAGUAGGCAUCUGUUUUAUUUCCCACCAACAGACCAAAAACAGGUUCAUAACAUGAUCUGAUAUGAUCUCCGUGGAUUAUAACUUUGUGAGACAACCUCGUCAACUUCCAACAGUUCUACAAGUUUUUGUGGUAAUGUGGUUAUCUCAUAUGCACUUCGAUGUGGUAAACCGUGGUCCAGAUGUGGACCCAGCAGAACCAAGUACACUACAUGGC